AUGAGGCGCCGUCCCGUCCCGAAACCUCGCCCCGUCCCGAAACAUCAGUCCUCAAACCUCCAGUUUAUGUCUCCGUCCAUCAAGCCCCAGCCCAUUCAUAUCCGGAUGAACCUGACAGAGUCGCAGAUGGACAAACUGACAGAAGCUCCGAGAGCCAUGUACGAGGCAAGCGAGGGAGCCCAUACGGAACCCCUCAGACUCAGCGGUCACGAGGACACCCAUAUCGAGGGUUCCUCUCCUACCAAGACGGUGAACCUACCAUGUACACAUCUGGGAAGGAACGCAGCCGAUUCACACCCCUUCUCCCCCUUUCCAUUCUACUUCCGCGCUGAAGGGAUGCCAGAUCAGAAACGACGAGACAAGGCCCUCAUAGGGGAAAAGGGGUGGCUCAUGAGGACAGAUGAGGAGCAGCAGCCCCCCAUUCGAACCGAAGCCAAGAUGACUGGGAUCCUACGCGUCAUCAGGAAGCUGGCCAGAGACAUGACGGAAAUACACCGUCUGACGCGCCUCAUACAGCACUCACCGGAGAUGGAACUCGAGUACAAGCCCGCCAUCUCCCUUGACGCCCGCGAACAGAGCCUCCUCUACGGCGAGAUGGAAUUCCACAUGACUGAUGCCCUGAAUACCUACAUGACGACGCAGUUCGAAAGGGGCAGGAUGUCGACCGACAAGCUCAAGAAGAUUGACGACGCCUGGCGCAGCCAGAGCCAUCUCCCCGUCGUCGGGUUCCGAUACGACCUGGCCACCCAGAUUGACCUCGUCACGCUUCACAAGGACCACUUCGACUUCCCUGGUUUUCGCGACGACCAGCUCAAUAACAUCACUCAUCUGCUACGUGACAUGGGAACCGACGCCAGGGCCAUGAGUGUUCGCACAUUCUGUCUGCCCGACUCGCUAGUUGCGCGACACAUCAUUCACGCUCAGUCGCUGUUCGAUCUUGUUGGCGCGGCGCAGACGAAGCACGAUGCCCUUGCAGAGAUUGCCAGCUUUUUCCAGGUCUGUAUUGGCCGCGUCAAGGCCCAAGAGGCGACCCGGUUGGAAGAGGCGGAGCAUCAGCGUAGGAGGAGGGAGGGACGUCGGCUACGAUGA